CAAUUGCACCUUACAAACCAAGCCACGGCGUGUCCACCAUGGAGUUUGCCACAAAUGAUACUUCGAAGCGUCAUCAGCCAUAUGACGCGCUGCACAAUGUCGUUGAUGGCUCCGAUUCAAGCACAGAGGUCGGUGACGAAUGGGAUACAGAAAAUGCCGCUCAGCCUCGGCGGAGAAGGAAAACAGUGUGGAGGCGGGUGAGGAGGUACCGGUGGAUGAUCGACACGACACUUCUGUUGGUGAUUGUAGGACUUCUGGCCGAGAAGAGAUGGCAGAAAUACGAAAAGGGCCAUCUCUACGAACUUGCCGGUGACAUUACUGGGUUUGCGCCAACAUUUGGCCAGCAGAUUGUUAGUUUUAAGCCUAAUACUGUGUUUGCUCCUGAAGAGCCGACGGAUUUUUGGAGCAAGGAGACGCAGCAUGCUUGGCUGAGCAUCGUUCCAGAGGGCCUUGGCUAUGUCGAAGUAAAGAAUGCGUCGGAAUACUCCAACCUACCACAUCCAAUCCAUGAUUACCCCAAUCAGACGGUAUUCACUACGUCGGUUACGCACCAGUUACACUGCCUGUACACGAUACUUGAAGCGUAUAACACCAUGAAGCUUACGGUUGCCUCACCGGCAUCGGUAGACCCUAUCAAAAAACCGUGGCACAUCAACCACUGUUUUGAGUAUAUUAGACAGGCCAUCAUGUGUGCGGGAGAUGUAGCGCUCGAGGGAGCGGCGACGAGCUUUCCAGGCGGUGAGCAUGGGCAGGACCUAGGAGGGAGUGACGGAUGGGACGCCAAACAUGUGUGCAAAGACUAUGGGCAGGUGUACGAGUACCUGGAAAGGGAGACGAUCAAUCACAUGAAGUGGAUCUCGUCGGGUUAAGACGAGGCACGAGAUCCCUCGGUAUGUAACGAUCUCUUCACAGUGCGGGGAGCAUGUGAAGAAGAUGUAGGGUGCCAGAGUGUGUAGUACAGGAGGAUUUACAUACAGGGCCCGCAUAGGCUGACGAUGUGGACGAGGUUCCCUGUCGAUAUGAUUUUCUUUUAUGGAGGUCCAAAGCAUCAUUCAACAUUAGGAAAUGCAUGGCGACAGCGUGUUCAGAUUGAUUGGAUGCAGAAUUUGUUGACCUUGGAAAUGGUUGGUUUUAUGGCAUUGUGUUUGGUUUCAAG